CCCACAAACCUACCUCACAGCUUAAACCUCACCCAGUGAGUCAGGUUCAUUCAUGUAGGUUACAGUGUCGUAUGUUUAGAAAUUGUAAUUUUAUCAAAAAUAGUUAAAGAAAAAGACAAGCUAGGAAAACAAACGUCAUGAACUUGUGACUAAAGUGAACCGGACCUGGUGUCAAACUACCCAGUGAGUUCCAUUAAAUAGUUUUGUUGUGUACCAUGGUGCCACUAAAACGAAGAAAAACUCUCCCCUCGGAUGCUGGGAAUACUGUGAGUGACAGCAGUGGACAUAAGGUACCAAACAAGUUCUCUCAAGUUGUUUUGUUCAUGUUGGAAAGAAAAAUGGGAGCCAGCCGAAGAUUUUUCCUCUCUCAACUCGGACGAAAUAAAGGCUUUCAGGUGGCGGACGUGUUCAGUGAAAGCGUCACACAUGUUAUUUCUGAGAAUAACUGUGGCACUGAGGUCAGGACGUGGCUAGAGUCUCAGGGAAGGGGUCAGAGCCUUAGAGUUCACCUCCUGGACGUCAGCUGGUACACAGAGAGCAUGCGUGCUGGUCAUCCUGUGGAGAUAACACAUAGACAUAAACUACAGGAGCAGCAGAUCAGUGAAGCAGAGGUUGCUUUGUUCUCAGUACCCAGCUAUGCCUGUCAGAGACGAACCACUCGGGACAACCAUAACAGCAACUUGACUGAUGCCUUGUCGCUUUUAGCUGAAAACGCUGAGCUCAAUAAUGAGGACGGACGAGGCGUUGCCUUUCGACGAGCUGCUGCCUUGAUGAAGGCGCUCCCCACACAGGUGAUAAGCAUGUCACAGCUCAGGGGUCUGCCUUGUCUUGGAGAACACUCGCUUAGAGUUAUAAAAGAUGUUUUGGAGAAUGGAGUGUCAAGUGAGGUUGAAUCCACCAAGCAGUCAAAGCGGUACAAAGCACUAAAGAUUUUGACUGGUAUUUUUGGAGUUGGAGCCAAAACUGCUGACCGAUGGAUUAGAGAGGGAAUAUACAACCUUGAGCAGUUACGAGAUUCAGGACAAACACUUAAUCGAGCACAAAAAUCAGGUCUUGAGCACUACGAUGACCUCAACGAGCCGGUCACUAAAGCAGAAGCAGAUGCCAUCGGGGAGAUUGUGCAGAAAGCUGUCGAUUCUGUGCUAACAGGAUCACAGGUUGCUCUGACCGGAGGAUUCAGGAGAGGGAAGCUGACGGGCCACGAUGUUGACUUUCUGAUAACGCACCCAGAGGAAGGCAAAGAGGUGGGACUGAUGCCUAAAGUGGUCGCCUGGUUGGAAUCACAGGGAUUUCUGUUGUACCAGAAAACUACCAGAAACUCAUACCUGGAGUCGAAGGAUGGCCCUGCUCGGCCUGCCUCCAACAUGGACCGCUUUGAAAGGUGUUUCUCCAUCUUUAAACUGACCAAAGGGAAGGAACAAGAAAGCACGCAGCCAGAGGAGCAAAAUGAUCUGAAAACCAAGGACGUUCUCAGACCUCACAUGCAGGUGGACACAGAUCAACAAUUAUGUGAGCUCAGUAAGAAUUACCAGAUGGAAGCUGCAUCACACAAAAUAUGGAGAGCUGUGAGGGUGGACCUGGUGGUCUCUCCGAUCAGUCAAUUUGCUUUUGCUGUGCUGGGCUGGACCGGAUCCAAGUUGUUUGAGAGGGAGCUGCGACGUUGGGCUGGGCACGAGAAGAACAUGUCUCUGAGCAGUCACGCCCUAUUUGAUAAUACACAGAAUAAAUAUCUGAGAGCUACAUCAGAGGAGGAGAUAUUUGCUUAUCUUGGUCUGGAGUACAUCCCUCCAUCAGAGAGAAAUGCUUGAAGUGGCCUGAUCAGCUGCUACACUGCAUGCAAGCAAGAGCUGGAGGGCAGAAUAAAUGCGUCUGUUGGAAGGGCGGCCUCAUGGCAUGGAGUUGCUGUGUAACUACUAAAGAAAUAUAUGAUUGAACUCAACGAUGACACCCACUCAGCUGACUGAAAUCUUCAUAUUACAUGAAUACAGAAUUUUAUUUAUUAAUGAAAUCCACUGACCAGAACUGAGCCUGUUUAGUUUUUUUAAUAAAUGUGAAAUUUAUAACUGAAAGAGUGAAAACAAACCUUGCUUCCAGUCACAGUGUAAUUUCAGAAAUUUUACAGACUUCCUAUUUACAUAUAAUUUAUGGAUUUUUGGGCCACAAAACGCACACAAACAACUGAUAUGUGAUAAGGAACAUAUGAUUAUAGAAUUUUAUAGAUUUUAUGAGUGCAGGAGCCAUCAAGUGGCUUUAUAGUUAUUUCAACCAUGUGCAGUGGUACAGUACACAGUGAAACGAGACAGUGCGCCUCCAACACUAUGCUGCUACAUAUAACUUAUAAGGCACAAUUAACACGGGACUACGUAACGUGCAACACCAGAUACACCACAUUGCAGACACAACAAUGCAAUAGAAAGGUGCAACAAUGACAGUAGGUUGUGCAAAAAAAACCUUGAUGUAUGAAAGUCUGUGUGUACAUGACACUGUACAGAUAAAUGCUUGAGGUAGUGACAUGUAUAAACGUAUGUGUGUGUGUGUGUGUGUGUGUGUGUGUCAGUCCAGUCACUGAUUCUUUAGGAGUCUGACGGCUUGGGGGAGGAAACUUUUUUGCAGUCUGGCAGUGAGGGCCCAAAUGCUCCGGUACCUCUUGCCACAUGGCAGCAGGGUGAAGAAGCUUUUACAACAGGGCAAUAGGGGCCUAAUCAAUGCUAACAGCUGAUCUUAUUGGCUACCUCCCUGGACUUUUUUGGGGGGGGGCAAUAACAAUAAUAAUAAUAAUGAUAUGCAAUAAUGCUGCAUUUUAUCACACAUCUUGUAUUUUUGUGCCGCUCACAUAAACCUUACUCAGAGGAUUGAAAACUGUUGUUUUAUGUAAAGACAAAAUGGCUGUUAGGUUUAUUUCACCACAUCCACACCUGUGUCACGAUGACCUACAUUCAGCAGCAUCCUUAUCACCUUAUCUGUACAUAUAGCUGAAAAGAAACCCACUCAGCUGUUCUGAGAAUAUACAGUGUGAGAUCUCGCAUGUGAAUUAAACAUUUGCGUUGGAGUGUUUCCAUAUCAGUUCUUCUUCUGUUCAACCACGCU